GGCUGACGUGUUGCCAUGUUUGUUUCUAAGGGUUGUCAUGGAAACCGGGGCGGGUGCCGCUACUGUUUGUCUCUGGGCGUUGCUGGGCAGCCUUGGUGGGGGUGGCCCGAUGCCGACACACUGCCAGGCUCCCUUGGCACCAGCUCCAGGAGGGCCCCCUCCCUGUUCCUGCCAGGUGCUUCCUCGGUGCCCACAGCCCUGCUUGGAGAGGAGCAGGAGCAGCGCCUGUGGGUGGCCUGGUGGGUCGGUGUCAAGAGACUGCCUCGGGCUCCUGGGGGCUGGCGUGGGACCAGGACACCAGCCGAGCGGGUGACCUCCCUGGGCAAGGACUGGCACCGACCCUGCCUCAAGUGUGAGAAGUGUGGGAAGACGCUGACUUCCGGGGGCCACGCCGAGCAUGAAGGCAAGCCCUACUGCAACCACCCCUGCUACUCAGCCAUGUUCGGACCCAAAGGCUUUGGGCGCGGCGGAGCCGAGAGCCACACUUUCAAGUGACCCCAGGUGGUGGAGGCCCCUUCGCCAUCGCCCACUGGGCCACACCCCCAGAUGCCCAGGGCUCCCGCGUAGCCCCCUAUGCACUCAAUAAACCUGAGCACUUGGGAA